AUGGUCAAGGUUAUCGCUAACAAGGCUGAGUUCGACGAGCUUAUCUCCUCGUCCAAGCCCACCGUCGUCGACUUCUGGGCCACCUGGUGCGGACCCUGCAAGAUCAUUGGCCCCCACUUCGCCAAGCUCGAGGACAAGUACCCCGGCGUCCAGUUCGCCAAGGUCGACAUCGAGGAGGUUGGCAGUUGGGGCUCUACAGCCAUGCUUGUGAGAACAGGCGCGCUGCUACGGGAAGCUCGAUCUCCGAUCGAGACAUCUUCCCCUGCGAGCAUUGCUGCAGACGUUCUCAUUCGGAGCGUCAAGCUCAAGCUCCAAGCUACCAGCUCCAUCUGCUCCAGCUCGCUCUGGCCAGAGUCGGCCGGGUGUCUCGCCUUCACCGCUCAACGAGAGCAGGCACUGUCCUUGUUUCGAGCUGGUGGGGACGUUGCCCAGGAGCAGGGCAUCAAGGCCAUGCCUACCUUCAAGGCCUACAAGGACGGCCAGGUCAUCGACGAGUUCACCGGUGCCGUUCCCGCCAAGCUCACCGUGAUUGCCGAUAUUAGGCCAAGACCUAGAUAUGGAUCUGGAGCUGCCUCUCCUUCAGACCAAGCUAACGCCCAGGCUCUCCUCGACAAGAUCUCCGCCUAA